AUUCAGCACCAACGCAGUCUUCUCAUAACUGCGGAGAGCUGUAGAACGUCCCUACAUGAUGGAACUAACAAGCGUUGUAUUCAUCAUUCUUGUGUCGUUGUGUGGUGUCAGAGACGUACAUGCUUAUACCAAUUUGCCAGCCUUCUCUAGAAAACUAGACAUGCCAGACAGAGAGAUCAAAGCGUGGAAAGGCACAGUUGCUGAUUUGGGGAUCGAAAUGAGAAACAACUUUGACUUACUGGAGUUAUCACUGAAAGAAGAACUGACUAACACGUUCAUCCCUGCCUUGAUAACGCCUCUGGUGAAGCAAGCGAUUACUGUCAUCCUGAAGGAAGAAAACAUUGGGAACAUUGUCCGCGGACGUGUUCUUAAUGUAGUUAAAAGUCUAAAAGUCAGCAUUCAUAAGCUAAAAACACAACUUCGAUCAGUAAAACGACAGUUCAGAAAAGUUAAACGGGAAGGAGACCCUUAUAAAGAGAGUCUUGGCAAAUUACGAGGCGAGCUGACCAAAGACUUUCAGGGAAUACAGCAAAGGAUACAGGAACUUGAGAAACGUGAUGCGCUGCGUGAGAAACACAUCCAAGACUUGACGGAACAAAAACAGAAAGCCUCGAGCGACCGGAGCCACAGAGAAAGGGCUGCACAGAUGACGACAGUGACGACCCAUGCCUCGAGCGACCAGAGUCGGACCACGAGGACACCAGUGACGACCACAGCAGCGACUCCAUCACCAGCAGACUGCGAGGACCUCCAUGACGCCAGCGGGGACGGGGACCUGGAGGAGGUGAAGCGGCUCCUGUCGCGGGGCGUGGACAUCAAUUGUAGGGUAGGGGGAAGCAGGACACCGGUGGAGUUUGUGCUGUCUCUGAACGUGGUGGACAUCGACGGUAGAGGAGGAGGGAGCUGGACACCGGUGAUGAGGGCAGCAUACAGGGGACACAGAGAGGUGGUGGAGCUCCUGGUGAAUAAAGGGGCCGAUGUGUCACUGGUGGACAAGGACGGUGACAACAUCCUUCACCUCGCCUGUAUUAGAGGACACUUGGAGAUAGUGAAGUUUGUGCUGUCUCUGAACGUGAUGGACAUCAACAGUAGAGGAAGUGGGAGCUGGACACCGGUGAUGAGGGCAGCUUGGGGGGAACACAGAGACGUGGUGGAUCUCCUGGUGAGUAAAGGGGCCGAUGUGUCACUGGUGGACGAGGACGGUGACAACAUCCUUCACUUCGCCUGUAGUGAGGGACACUUGGAGACGGUGGAGUUUGUGCUGUCUCUGAACGUGGUGGACAUCGACAGUAGAGGAGGAGGGAGCUGGACACCGGUGAUGAGGGCAACAUACAGGGGACACAGAGACGUGGUGGAGCUCCUGGUGAGUAAAGGGGCCGAUGUGUCACUGGUGGACGGGGACGGUAACAACAUCCUUCACCUCGCCUGUAGUGAGGGACACUUGGAGACGGUGGAGUUUGUGCUGUCUCUGAACGUGGUGGACAUCAAUAGUAGAGGAAGGUGGAGCCUGACACCGGUGAUGAGGGCAGCACGGAAUGGACACACAGACGUGUUGGAGCUCCUGGUGAGUAAAGGGGCCGAUGUGUCACUGGUGGACGAGGACGGUUACAACAUCCUUCACUGGGCCUGUAUUGAGGGACACUUGGAGACGGUGGAGUUUAUGCUGUCUCUGAACGUGGUGGACAUCGACGCCAGGAACAACGACGGGGAGACGGCGGCCGACAUGGCGAGAUCCUGGGGACAUACGCGAGUGGCGAAUCUCCUCGUGUCCCGCGGCGCUCAGUGACGUCAGUGUCGUGUUUGUGUAGACGGUGGGGGUGAUGUGACAGUUACGUGGUGUGCCGUUCACAUCGUCGUGUGUAGAUAUGUCUUUAUUUACGUUAAACUGUUUGUUGUUUUUGGAAAUGAAUAAAACUUGUAAAAAGUU